AUGACAUCCCCGGUCGUUUCAGGGUCCUGGCCUGGGGCUCCGGCGCCCAGGUAUGGAGCUCUCGGUCGACCCGAUGCCGGGGACUGGUACGAGCCAGAGCCCGUGCCCGGCCUCCCCUCCGACCUGAUCGGCGUGGCUGCGGGGCACUACACCUCCUUCGCCCUCACUGCUCGCGGCCAGGUGUGGAGCUGGGGCGCCAACGAGGCCCUGCAGCUGGGCCGCCGCCAGCGAGACGAGGCCUACACCCACUCCCCCCCGGGCCCGAUCCCCGGCCUACCCCCCAUCGCGCGCCUGGCCGCCUCGGGCGUGGUCGGCUUCGCCGUGACCACACACGGCGAGCUCCACGCCUGGGGCACCAGCCGGCGUGGCCAGCUGGGGCUGGGGCCGGGGGAGACGGCCGCGCCGGCGCCGCGUCGUGUGGAGGCGCUGGCGGACGCGGCGGCCGUGACCCAGGUGUCCGCCGGCUGGGGCCAUGCGCUGGCGCUGACCGUGGACGGCGGGGUUUGGGCCUGGGGCUGGCCGGCCGCGGGGCAGCUGGGGCACACGCUUCCUCCUGAGGACGCCGACGAGGAGGCGCUGGCGGCGGCCUGCGUCUGGGCACCGCGCCGGGUGCAUGCGCUGGAUGGGCGCGGCAUAGUCCAGGUGGCGGCGGGGUACGACCACAGCAUGGCGCUUGGGGCGGACGGCAGGCUGUACACCUUUGGCGACGACUCCCUGGGACAGCUGGGCAGGCGGGAGGCUGAUCCUGGCCCGGCCGACGCGUGGCUGGUGCGGGGCGCUCCCGCCUUUGCCAAGGUGACGGCGGGGCUGGGGCACUGCCUGGCCCUCACGCCCUGCGGCCAGCUGUACAGCUGGGGCUGGAACGGCGCAGGCCAGCUGGGCCUCGGGGCGGGGGAGGCGGCCGAGGUGGUGGCCACGCCGCAGCUCGUGUACGGCCAGCCGCGCAACAGGAACGCACUGCUGGCCGCGGGGCGCGUGCACUCGGUGCUGGUCACGGACGAACGGGACGAGCAGGACGGCGCGGAGCUGAAGGACAACGACCACGCGGGGGCCAUGGCCGGCAUGUGCGCCAGCUGGGGCAGCGGCGCCAACGGGCGGCUGGGCACGGGGCAGCUGGAGGAGGUGCACCAUCCGGAGCUGCUGCCCAUGCUGGACGGGGAGGAGGUGGCCGGGCUGGCGGCGGGGCUGGACCACACCCUCAUCCUGGCGCGGUGA